AUGCUACUGAAUCCAGCUUUUCAAACUUCUUUCAGCCCUCUGUAUGCUUCACAGGAACCAGGAUUCACAGCUUGGCCAUUCAGCCUGAGCACCUUUGAACAGCUGGAAAGGGAACUGCACAGAGACCUGCACCAAAUCAGGCGAGCAAUGAACUUUAUGAAUGAGAUCUUUCAGCAGCUGUCUGACAAUGUCCUGGAGAAAAGAAAACCCCCUGUGGACAAACUGCAAACCAGAAGGGAAAAAGAUCCAGGCAGCAGAAUACAAAAUGAUGAGAAGUGCUUCUCACUGUCUCUAGAUGUUACGCGGUUUUCCCCAGUAGAACUAAGUGUGAAAGUAGCUGGAAGAAAAGUCACAGUGGAAGGAAAACAUGAAAUGAAACGUGAGGAUGGUGAAACAGUUUUCUCUUAUGAGUGCAAUCAGUUUAAGAAGGAAGUCCUGUUACCAGAGGAUGUGAAUUCUGAAGAAGUAACUUGUUUGCUGUCGCACAAUGGUGAGCUUGUCAUUGCAGCCCCACGACUGUCCUCACCAGCUGUGACAGGCAGAGACAUUCCUAUCUCCAUCAGCACAGACACAAGCAGCGGAAAGGAAGAUGAAAAUGAGAAAGCAGAUAAAACGGACAAUAACAAAAAGCAGGAAACCUCUUCAAAUGAGGGAAACGAAGUUGCAUCUGUACAGACUGCCUAG